CCUGCGAGACCCAGCCUCCUCCCCAGUGCUUCCUCUCCCCAGCUUAGCCGCGCGCCCACUCCAUCCCCUACUGGCCUGCUUGAUGCCUUGAGACCACUUUUCCCCAUCCGAAACCCUCGCCGCCGCCGCCGCCGCCGCCAUUAAUUUCUCCGCGCAAGCUCCAAUUUCAGGAGGCGCAGAAUGAGGACGGCGUCGACGUGCGCCGCAUCUGCUGUGCGGGGCACGCACACGUUCAAGAUCGCCGGCUACAGCCUUCACAGGGGCCUCGGCGUCGGCAAGUCCAUCCCGUCUGCCGCCUUCGACAUCGGCGGCUAUCUGUGGCGCAUACUCUACUACCCCGAUGGGGAGAUGGAGAUGGAGAUGGAGAAUGGGGGGGACCACGCCUCCGUUUUCCUCGCCCUUGUUAGCGAGGACGCCGAGGUGAGGGCGUCCUUCGAGGUCAGGUUGGUCGACCAGACUAACAAGCUGUCCCCUUCGGUGCUGCUCUCCCAGAAUACGCCGAUAACAUUCCACAACAACGAACAAAGGGGUUCUAUGGGCGGCGACUUCUUGCAACCAUCAGCGUACCUGCUGGACGACAGCCUUGUGAUUGAGUGCGAUGUCACAGUUCUGACGGAAUCCAAGGUGACCCUGACUGCCUUCGACAUCCAAGUGCCUCCCUCAGACUUGGGGGAGCAUCUCAGAGUAUUGCUAGAGAAGGGGGAAGGAGCAGAUAUUGUUUUUGAGGUCGAAGGGGAGGUUUUUCCCGCGCACAAGAUUGUGGUUGCAGGGCGCUCACCGGUCUUCAAAGCGCAGCUCUUUGGACCGAUGAGCGACGAGGCAAAGCAGCGCAUAGUCGUUGAAGAUAUGCAGCCUGCUGUUUUCAAGGCCUUGCUUCGCUUCAUUUACACAGAUUCAUUGCCUUCCAUGGAAAAUCUUGAUGGAGAUGAGGGCAAAGAAAUGUUUAAGCACUUGCUUGUGGCUGCGGAUAGGUAUGCGAUGGAAAGGAUGAAGGUUAUGUGCGAGAGCAUCCUUUGCAAAAGUCUUGAUGUUGAGAAUGUCACUGCUACAUUGGCUCUAGCCGACCAGCAUCACUGCAGCAACCUCAAAGAUGCUUGCCUUGAGUUUAUCACUUCUCCAGAUAGAAUGGAUGAUGUGAUGGCAAGCCAAGGGUAUGCUCACCUCAAAAGAUCCUGCCCAGCUGUUGUCAUAGAUGUCUUCGAGAGGGCAAAAAGGUCCCGCAAAAUUUAGUAUGCUCAUCCUUGGUUAGCUUAUGAGUAGUUUGUUUAGUUGACGCAUAACCUCGUAAGAUGAAGUUGGCUUCUCCUUUAUUAGUUUCCAGUGAUCUUUUGGAGAAGGGUAGGCUUUUGAAAUAUUAUCUAUGCAUGUGAUGGAUGCUCAUCUUGCUAUCUUUUGUAUGUGAUUAGUCUGAAUAUGAUUGA